AUGUGGACAGUUUUAAUCUUUGUCAUCUUUGAUAUUGCACUGGCAUCGUCUUCAUGCCCGCCCUGUCUUUGCCCUCCAGGGGGGCAGUUGUGUCCUGCAGGUGUCAGCAUUGUCCUGGAUGAUUGUGGAUGUUGUCAGGUCUGUGCUGGACAGCUCAAUGAAGAUUGCAGCAAGACAAAACCAUGUGAUCACAUCAAGGGACUAGAAUGCAACUUUGGUUUACAAUAUGGAGCAGAUAAAGGCAUUUGUAGAGCCAGGUCCAAUGGUCAAACCUGUGACUACAACAAGAAGAUUUACCAAAAUGGAGAGACCUUCAGGCCCAGCUGUGGGCAGCAGUGCACCUGUUUCGAUGGAGCAGUGGGCUGUGUGUCUCUGUGUCCACACCAGCUGCCUCUGCCCAAAGAGAGGUGUCCACAUCAAACACUUGUCAAGGUCCCAGGACAAUGCUGCGAACAACUGGUAUGCCCUGAAGACAUGAAGAGGAUUAAGAAAUACAGGAGAAAGCAGAGGAUCUCUGAAGACUUUAUUUAUAGUGACAAGAAUCUUGCUACAAUGUGGACGGAGAACUCAUCGGGUUUCAGGACAUUUUCUUUGGAGGAUACUGCUGCGUUUAAUUGUGUAGCGCAGACAACAGAGUGGUCCCCUUGUUCCAGAUCUUGUGCGACUGGUGUCUCCACACGGCUGACAAGCAGCAGAGAAACUCAGUGCAAAAUAGUGACUGAGACCCGGAUUUGUGAAGUCCGGCCAUGUGAUCAGAUGAUGCCGCAAAAAUUGAAGAGAAGACAGAAAUGCCAGGAGAUGCAAACUCCCUCCAGACCAGUGCGAAUAUCCUUCGACGGUUGCCGUAGUGUGAGGAGGUUACUGGUUCGAUUCUGCGGGAGCUGUGUGGACGGCCGCUGCUGCAGACCCCACAGGACACUCACAGAACCUGUGCCUUUCCGUUGUAAAAACAGAGACACAAUGAUUCAACAGAGGAUGGACCUGUUGUUGAAGCAGAGGUUCGACUUUUCAGCUGCUCCCUCACAGCAGGGAUGGUCCAAGGGCCUGUGA